CCCUGAAGGCAGCACACCACCCUGCCGUCUCCUCAGACGGGAAUGCAGCACCACAGGUUUCAGGGCUCAAACGCAAUUGUUUUAUUUACGUGCCUGGAAUAUUACAGCGAUACUUCCCUGCCCUGUUUAUCUUUUUUUUCCCACCCCAACAGUACUGACUCUGCUGAUACUCCUCAGAGACGUGUAUUGAAGUGUGCCGGACUUUAAAACGUGAGAACGGGGAACACAGUGUGGAGAAUUCUGACUCUUCUGUACUGUUUGACACAACUGUGCACAGCAGGUGUUAUGGAUCUGCAGUAUUUCCUGUGCUGGAGAGUUGCUCCACUCUUUCUCUUGAUGCCAUGUGGGCUACUGUGUAUGUCAGUGCACAUCAUCAAUGAGCAGCCUGUGCAUGUAAUCCCCGGAUCCAGCUUGGUUCUGAAAGCCCGGAUUGAGCUGGGACCCCUGGAAGAGAUCUCCAUGGUAACCUGGGAACGGGAGCCUGAAACUGGAAUUGAUUCGGUGAGAGUGACACUGGCCACGUGCCCUGGCAGAAGCCUGAAGUGUGCUGGUACAAGGCCAAACGUCCGUAUGAACAUGGAGCAGCAGGAGACGACACUUCAGAUUAAUGGAUACAGCAGAGCGGACGCCGGUGUGUACGCCGUGACUGUGACAGAUCACACGGGAGCUGAGACUACUGCACACUGCAUCGUCAGGGAAUACGAGGCCGUUCAUCAUGUGUCUGUCAGCAUUAACGUGUCUCACUCAGUGCUGGUUUGUGGCGAGGCUUGGGGGACAGACCCCAGCUUUAGCUGGCUCCACGAGAGAAAUACCAUCACUCAGACAGUGGGAAGAGUUUCCACAGAUGGAACAACAUUAUUUGUGACCAUGACUCCCAUUUGUGGCCACUUCACCUGCAUGGUUAGCAACAAGCUGGGCUACAGUUCUGCCACUUACACAGCAGCACCUUGUGAGACUGAUGGUAGAGGGACAACAGCAGUUGUAGUCUGUCUUGUCCUCCUGCUGCUGCUGUGUGGAGGAGUGCUGGCAUUUCUUCUCUGGAGGAGACAGAGGCACAGUAACAGGGGAGAAAGGCUGCACGAACAUUUGGAUGAUGGCAUCUAAAAACAUGCCUAACCUGUUACUCAGAGGUCUCUGGGGAGAACAGGAAAUGGACUGGACUACAAAGGAGGACCUUCCUGUCUUGCGAGCAGUAUGACCUUACACUGUAUCUCUGAUAGAUGCAAAUAUCCAGGAGUGGAUAUUUGGUAUGAAGUAAUAGCAGUGUCCUCACACUGCCUCCUGCUGGUUGUAUUUUCUUUUUUUUUUAAGUCCUCAUUUUGUAAGCUUGUAUUAACUAUGCAUUUUAUCAAAAUAUACAGAAAUCCCUCUGAAUAAUGUGACAGAUGCAUACCCAUUCAGCAAUGUGUGAACAGAUUUUGAAGGUCAAUUUCCAUUUGAAAGGUUUGCUAUUUUUAUUACAUACAUAUCCAGAUGGAGCUAUGAGUUAUCUUUUUUCUCAUCUACUAUAAAUGUUAAUGUUUAGUCCUUUGCCUUCAUGCAUAUAUUUUGCAGCUAACCAGCAAACUAAGGACUUGACCCUGAAAACUGGACUUGAAGUCAAUGUGUGCUGAAGCAGCCGAGAAGCUAUAAAAGUAACAAAUCACAAAGUUUUUUUGCACAGGAAUUUAUGACUUUCUUUGAAGCAAUGUCUACAAUGAAAGAUGAUUUUCUAGAGAAGCUUCAUUAGGAAAACAAUCUUCAUCAGUCUUUUAGUGAACAAAAAUAUCAAUUCCUUUGUGAAAAAAGUAAGUAAUCCCUUGAUCUUAGAAGCGCUUCUUUUGCUUUAAACAGUAAUAGCUUCUUGCAGGCAUUUUGUAUAAUUAUCCACUAGACUCUGCUGAGAUUUUCUGCCAUUUCUACAAGCAAAACUCUUUGAAAUGUGUGAGGCUUUUUAAUGCAUGUCCUGCCUAUUCUAAAAUCCCCACAUCCUCUAAGUGGGAUUCGGAUUAAGGCUUUGAUUCACCAUUAUGUUUUAUAACCUUCUGUUUUCAUCUUUUUUUUUUUAAAGUAAUUUCUUGGUGCUUAUAGGCUACCCUGUUGAAAAAUCCACUGCUCAACUUCCAUUCUCAAAUAGAUGUUCUUGCAUUGUCAUAUGGUGAUCUAUUACUUUAAGCUGUCCAGUCUCUGAAGCAGCAAAGCUAAAUCGAAACAAGACAUAACCACAAAGUUUCACAGCUGGUUCUCCUGGUGAGAUGUCUUUUCAGUCAAACAAAUCUUCUUUACUUGCCAAAUGAACCCAUCAUUGAUUGCUGUGUCAAAAAUAUCUGUAGUCACUGUUUCAAAAAUGGGUCAGCAUUUACUUGUUCAAAUAUAUAGAAAAUGUUAGCAGUUUCUAUGAUGUGGAUUUAGAUUUUUCUAUGACUGUAUGUGCAAAGGAAGACCAUAAUCUGGACAUGUAUUUUACAUGAAAUAGUUGGUUUCGUUUUAGAGAUUAAAUGCAAAUAAACGUUUCAUCAUGGUAA